CCCCCCGUGUGGCAAUACUCGUGGGGGACAGCCAGAUGCUCUCGCUUUUUCCUUAGAAAGUUGUUGGCAGGGGUUGGGGGGGAAACGGUUUAAUGAGAUUAGGCACAGAAAAAAGAGCCAGGGAGCAAGCAGCAGGGGAGCAGAGGCUGGUGGCGGGGCAGGACCCAUCCUGAUGGAGCCGGUCCCCCUGGGUGUGCUCCUCCCAGGGAUGCUCAGCCCCCUCCCAAACCCCGUGGCGUUGGAAGGUUUUGUUUGAUUCGCGCACCCUGCAUAAAACAGGCAGCUCCGCUGAGAGUAAACAUCUCCUUUCACCCCAGGCAGCCGAUCCAGAGGAGGUUUGGAGCUGCCAGCGGCUCCGGGCAGGACCCUGGGGGAAGGCAGGGCUGCCCGCCCGGCUGACGGGGAGUCCCCGCCGCAGAUAGGCACCGCGCCAGUCCUGCUGGCCGCCCAUCUCGGCGGGCAGGCUCACCCGGCAGACCGGCUGCUGUGCUGCGAGGAGCCGGCUGGCCUGCCUGCAGCUCUGCCCCUGCCCGUUCCUACGGGCAGCCACGGCGCUGGGGCCGAGCUCUUCGUCCCCCUCCAUCAGCAUCCCCGGGUACGGGAGAGCCGGCACUCGGCGUAGCAGGUAACGGGAGCGGGUUGGACUUGCCGGGACAAGAUGGGGAGGAAGCUGGACCUCUCCAAGCUCACCGACGAGGAGGCCAAGCACGUUUGGGAAGUCGUGCAACGGGACUUUGAUCUGCGGAAAAAAGAGGAGGAACGGCUGGAGGAGCUGAAAUGCAAGAUCGACCAGGAGAGCAGCAAGAGAGAAUUUCUGACGAAUCAAUCCCACCUCAACGAAACCCACUGCGUCCACUGCCUCCAGCCCUUCAAGUUCCUGCUGAACAGCAAGCGCCAGUGCCUGGACUGCCACUUCUACACCUGCAAGAACUGCAGCCGCUACAACAAGAAGGAGCAGGGCUGGGUCUGCGAUCCCUGCCGACUCUCCAGGAUCGUGAAGAUCGGUUCCCUGGAGUGGUACUACGAACACGUGCGAUCCCGUUUCAAGAGGUUUGGAAGUGCCAAAGUGCUGCAGUCCCUCUACGGCCGGCUGCAGCCAGGGCAAGGGGUGAACUCCACGUUUCUAGGUCUUCAUGACAGAGUUUACAGCCUGCCAGACAUUAACAGUGAAUGCCAGCUCCUCACCAGUGGUGGCAUUGGGGACGACAGCGAUGACGAAGACGAUGUCCUUCGUGGAGCUGAAGCAGAGUGCUACAGCAGAAUGCGCAAGACAAAGCGCCUGCUGUCUGUCCAUCCCUUUGAUUUUGAACUGGACUCAGAGUACUCUGCUCAGUCUCGCCGCCAGUCUAUGCAGCUCUCUCCAGCAGCCAGCAGCCCGGAUGCUUUCCAGUCCUUCCCAGAUUUUCCCAACCCAGCUGAAGAUGCCUCCCAGAAGGAGUCCAGGGUCGCGGAGGCGGAUCUGGUUUUCCACCACAUCCUGCAGGAACAGGGAGCAGGCGUGAGCCCACCGGAGCAGCUCUUCAGCACAGAGGUUCGGCUCACCGUCAAUUCACGGAGAAGGAGCCUGGACAGGAAUGCGAAACCUGGCAGCCCCUGGAAUGAGCAGCCCCGGUCCCAGUGCUCUGCAGACAUGGACACCUCUGAUGAGGAUGUCAAGGGAGCCCAGUUCCCUGCCUACCCACCCCAUCACGCGAAACGCCGGAACAGAACCUCCUCCCAGGAUAACGUCAGCCACUCCGGGAAUCAGAUUCAUGAGCUCAGCAAACGCAUGUCCGCAAUCGAACGCAUGCUGAACCGCUUGGAGGAAAAAAUCCUGGUGCGGUCUGAUGAGUCUCCAGCCCCAGAAUCCCAACUUGACCCUGAUGCCGAGGAGGAGGAGUUGAAGAGGAAGCUGGAGGAGUUAGCCAGCAACAUCAGUGACAAAGAAGUUUCUUCUGAAGAAGACGAGCAUGAAGAAAAAAAGAGAGGGAAGAAACCAGAGAUGAGUUGCUCCAGUGAUGACAUGGCCAGAGAGGCUCGAAAGAGGUCGUCGGCUCAGGCUUUGAGCGAAAUCACGGCCAAAGUACUGAGAGCCAUAAACGCCACGGAGCAAGCGGUGUGCGAGUCGUUGCAUGGAGAAAGCCAGUGCAACGGUGGCUGUGCCCUCCCCGCCGGGCGGCUCCCCAGCCUGGGAGAUGGGAAAGAGGUGGCCGAAGCCUACCGUGAGCUUGAAGAAAACGUGUACCUGACUGCUGGAAAGACCUACCAGCUUGAGAAGACCCUGAAGGAGCUUGAGGAAGGGGCUCAGCACAGCGGCACUACCGACUCAGAGCUGUCGGAGCUGGAGGACAAAGUGGCCUCAGCAGCUGCUCAGGUGCAGCAGGCAGAGAGUGAGAUAUCAGACAUCGAAUCCCGAAUUGCGGCUCUGUCCGCUGCAGGGCUGACGGUGAAGCCGGUGGAAAAAGCGAGGAAGAAGUCGACCGGGCAGGCUGCCUGCCUCCCCUCUCCUGGUCCUGCCAGCAGCAGUCCCGGGGAGUCUUCGGAUGACAUUAAAGCGAUGCCCGGACUGCAGGGGUUCAGGAGGAAGUUCAACAGUCCCAUCGAAAUCACCAGUCUUGAUGACUCCUUCGACCGCAACUCUGUUUACCGUGGCUCCCUGACACAGAGAAACCCCAACGGAAAGAACAGGAGAGUGGAGCGGCUCUUUGCGAAGCCUGUGAUGACCCACCUGUCCUGAGGAGAGGGGGACCCUCCUGCCACCGCAUUUCACUGAUGAUACAAGACCUCAGCACAAAGCCUCGCUGCCUUCCCCCCAGUGCUUGCUCUUCCUUCUUCCCAUGCACACCUCUCCCUGAAAGCCUGGACAGGAGGGAAGCCAAAGGCCACAGGCAGGGGUCUUGCUGGGGAGAGGAGCAAGGCACUGGGGUGCGGACACGUGGCCAGGGGCUGUCGUGAGAGGAUGCAGGCAUGAGACCUCAGCUUUGGGCAGCUCUUUGGUACUGGGUCAACCAAGGGGACCAGGGGGCUGCAGAGCGGGAGCAACCUCCUCAGAGGGAGCUGGACACCAGUGUGGCUUCCCAGCAUGAGAACUGGGAGCAGUGACAUGGCCCUCACUCUGCAAAAGCUAGUCCCAACCCUUGAUAAAAGGCCAAUGUCAUCUGCCACAGCCAUCUCAUCGCUGUCAGGGCCUGUCCCUGCUCUCUCCCGGGUUGGUGCUGAGUGGGGACAGGAGCCGGCAGCAGGCACGGGAUGCCCUUGGGGUACCCCGGGCAGAGCAGGGACCCAGGCAUUCCAGGCUGGGAUUUGCAUCCCAGUGCUGAUCCCGACUCCCUGCGAUGUCCCUUGGAGUAUCACUUCCCUUCCCUGGGCAGCAAAGCAGUGCGAGAGCAGCACUGGCUCCCUCCCAGCAAGCAUUUGGCCAGCAGAUCUUUGCAUGAAGCUGCGCAAACACUCGCCGAAGCUUCUCGCCACCGUGCCUGAAGCAGCUGUGACCACCUGGGGACAUGAGUGAGGCGAGGCUUGCAGGAAGCAGUGGCAAGAAAGGUGGAAGAAAAGCCGGAGGGCUCGUUAGGGAUUGGUUUGUUUUUCCAGCUCUCGAAGAUGUCCCCUAUCCCUGCAAGGUUACACCAGCAAGUUCAGAAGGACUUUAGCAAGCAGAGUGUGGGUGCUUCUCUGGAGGCUUUCUCUGCCCCACAGAGGGGUCAGCCCAUGCCAGGAGGCGCUUUGUGGACGAGCAUGUCCCCUGUCCCUGAUGAUGGGAUUAUAGGAUCUGGUAGGACCAUCCGAUCCUUUGGAGGAGCCGGGGGCUGCGGUGGCCCUGGGCUCCUGCCAGUUGACAGCAGCAUUAGAAACGCCCUCCCCCAGAACCCCCAAACUUUUCCUCCAGCAUUUAAUUCUCCACAUCCAGUGAUCCCGGUGGAUCAGCGCCUGGCCCCAUACCCACUCCUGGGGCAUCGGGACAGGAAAGGGGUUGCUUUCUCUUGCAGGAAACUUUGGAGAAGGUCCAUGGUAAAAAAUC